UUUUUUGGUCUUAAACGAUAACGACCCACUGUCACGAUUUUUACUUGCAUCUAAAUUUUGUAAGCUGCACGACACCAUUUCGCCUUUUGCUUCUCAGGCCAAAUGUCGCACGGUUCUUUAACGAGUUUAUACAUCCACAGUUAGUUUAAACAGUAGAGUAAAAUAGCAACAUUGAUAACGUUGGACAAGCCUCAGAGUAUAACAAGGUACCAUGUUAGAGCACGUUCUCUUGGUCGCAUAUUUUGGGUACAUUUUUCUUCUUUACUUAGACGCCACCAACGUUCUACCUAAGUUCAAGACCACUUCCAGAGCCGGUGUUGGCACCCCAGCCGCAGCUGGUACCGGCUCGAACUGUAAACAUUUUUACAAUUAACUUACUACACGACGGGUCGUGUCUUGUAUCUACCACCAACAUCUGGUGGAAAUCGAGGUCAAGAAAGAAAUUCGUUUUAUUUCAGCUUUUCCCCACCAGGACGAGCGCUUGCCAGCUUUCCAAAGCAACAACAUGACGGGGCCUCGACGUUGACUAACUUCAGGACCAAUUUUCCUGCACUGCUUUGCCGGACAGGCAGGUGCCUGGAGUUCUUCUUGCUUUGCAAGUUGGCGCAAACCAACGGCGGUAGUUCAAUAGCUGCUCCGUCGUGCCGGCAGUAGAUCAAGAUGGGUCGGGAGUCGGAUGACAAUUGCACCGUCUACAUCUGCUUGGAGGCCAAGCAGAGCCCCAGCCAGCAGGAGCUCGGGCAAAAGCUGGCCUCGAAACGGGAUGACGACAAAAUCGAGGCGCUGGAGCAGAUCAUUCUGCACAUGGUCAAUGGCGAAAGCUUUUCCCAACUGCUCAUGCAGGUACUUGAACUUUUUAUACCAUCGUUAUGAUAUUAUGCAGUCAUGGUGCACUACAUGAGGAAACACACAGAAAUUCUUUGCCACGAUAACAACUCUUUUCCACAGAAAUUCUUUGCCACUUAUCGUGGUCAACUCUUGUGGAAGAGUGACCACGAUAACACAGAAAUUCUUUUCCACAGAAACUAAGAACAUAAGUCUCUGCUGCGCUGUGCAGCUCCACCAGACGUGCACCACCAGAAGUGCAGAACUGGCGGCGUUGCUUGUUUUAGCACCAUCAGAAGUGCGUAACUCGCAUGCCGGGCGUGCCAUGUCAGGAUGUCAGGAUAAAGCAGUCAGUCAGUCAGUCAGUCAGCAGUCAUGGUGCAUGAUUUUUACAUAUACUUCACCAGGUGGUCUCUAAUCUCUUUCUUUCGGGGAAUCCGCAUGUAACUAUUACUAAUGCUGAGGGAUUUCUAUAAGUACGACUACGAUACUUUUUUUUUCAAAAUCACAAAGAAAUAGAAUGCAAAACGUUCUGUACACCUCCUCUACUGUCAUCAGGUUAUCCAAUACACGGUUACCUCGAACAACCACCGGAUAAAGAAGCUUCUGAUGCUGUACUGGGAAAUCGUGGACAAGUAUAAGGAAAACGGAGAGUGGAAGGAGGAGAUGAUCCUCGUCUGCAAUGCCAUCCGAAACGACCUCCUCCACAGUAACGAGUACGUGCGCGGGAGCACCUUGAGGCUCAUGUGCAAAAUGAGGUAAAGAACUUUGAUAGAGAAGUGGUCCUCGCCGCGGAGGUGGAGAACGCUGCUGAUUUCUGUCAACAUAUUAAAACGACGAGGAAGUAUUAAGUGGAUGUUGUGCAUAGGAGCCUGAUGCCCACGAAGGGGGAAAAAGCCCACCGUGCAUGUGGAUCGGAGAAAGACGUCGGGGUACUACCAAUAAGGAGGCGUAGAAAGCCGUAUUAUGAAAGAAUAAGAACGAGGCAAGAAGAUAAACUCUACGAAGAUGAUCCUUCAUAUACUUCCCACAGGUACUACAAAAUCUUGGAGCCACUGAUCGAAGCGAUCCUGAAGAAUUUGACGCACAAGCACGCCUACGUACGGCGCAACGCAGUCAUGUGCGUUUUUGCCAUCAUAAAAACUUUUGGCAUCGAGGUUAUUCCCACGGCGCUGGAAGACGUCGAGCAACUCCUGAUGGUCGAGGUACAAGCGAUUAUAUUGUAAAUUUUUGUGCUGAGGGUGAGGUAAACGUGAAGAACUACAUGUGAUUUUUGCUCCCAUAGCAAUACUGAGAUUCGCAAUCAAUUUUCUUUGCAAGCAUGUGCAUGAAGCUCCAAGCAUGGGCUUCUCUCCAUCAUUACAGGGCGAUCUGUCCACCAAGCGCAAUGCUUUCCUCAUGCUCGUCAACUGCGACAUGGAUCGCGCGGUGCAGUUCCUCGUGUCAACCCAAGAUUCCGUGCCCACGUCUGGCGAUCUGUUUCAGCUCGCAGUGCUGGAGUUGAUUCGGAAAGCGUGUCGGGGGUCCGCGCAGUCCGGCAACACCGCCAACAUGCAGCAGAACAAGACAAAACUGCUACGAAUUCUGUACAACCUUGCCGACCCCGCGCUCAGCAGCUCAUUAAGCAGCACGGCAGUUGCAUACGACGUCGCUUCGAGUCUGGUACAACAACUUCUGAUAGCUUCCUGCUGCCUCAAUACAAGACAUGGAUUUUCAUCAUCCGACUUGAACGGAUGCUCGAAAGCAUGCAUGUUGAGGAUCUAGUUCUUAGCUCAACACGUCGACCAACCUCACACAAUUAGCAUGCCGAGAUAUUAGGAUCUCCAACAGGCAGCUGCCCCCCACACAGUACUAGAAUAGAUGCUCUCGUAACAACUGGCCGUUUGAAGAUCCUACUUGUUUUCCCAGCUACUUAUCAGGUUUCUCUAACGGGGAACGCGCAAGCGGUGACUACCGCAGUGCAGAACUACGUAAAUCUUCUCACCGAGCAAAGCGACAAUAACGUGAAACUGGUGGUGUUGGGGAAGCUCAAGGAAGUGCGAAAAUUUCACGGGGAGGUGGUGCAAAAUUUCGUUAUGGACACGUUCCGCGCCUUGUCUUCUCCGUCCCUGGAUGUGAGGAAAAAAGUCAUGGACCUCUGCUUGCCUCUGGUAAUAUUUAUUGCGAAAAACAAGUACUACUACAACCCUGGUUACUUCUUCAUUCUCCGAGACUUAGUUUCUCUUUCUGAAUAAAACAGCGGUAGACUGCGACUUGCUUUAUUUGACCUGGGAUUUAUGCAUCAGAAUGUUUUUGCUUUUGCAAAUGCAACGAAAAAUUAAAAUGAUAGAAGGGAAACUCAAACUGCACGAUUACAGGUUUCUUCCAAGAAUGUGAAAGAAGUGGUGGCCCUUUUCAAGAAGGAAUUGAUCAAGACGUGCGGGACCGACCAGAGUGACAAGGAGUAUCGGCACGAAUACAGAAAAAUGCUUUUGAAAGCGCUGCACGUCUGCACGAUGCACAGCGCAGAGGAAGCACAGACGUUGGUACUAUUAGGGGAUGGUGCAGUAAGAGUAACUGCAAUUUUGUUGUUGUUUUUCAUGAAUGAAGAAAAGUGAUGCACCACAGGACAGUGUACAGUCACAGCUUGCUGUCGUGCUUCGCUGCGUUCAUACGUCCAUGCUAAUCGGAACUGUCAAUGAUCUCUGAAUGCAACGCGGCGUUUAUCAUGAUAUAACAUCAGGUCUAUCUCUUAAUCGACUUCCUGUCGGAAGCAGACUACAACGCCACGGCCAACGAGACCAUAAUGUAUCUUCGGGAGCUGGUGGCCACCUUCCCAGAAAUUCGUAGCAGCAUCCUGGCAAGGUUAUACCAGACGUUGCCCGACAUGCAGCACAGCCGGGUCUUGAGAGGGUACAAGAACUUCUAAUGCUGAAAAUUUAUUUAUCAACAUUUUAUUUUUGUCAUUCAUUCUCUGAGGAAGAUUAAAGUGAUUCGGAAGUAGAGCCGCUUCUAGGUAGUUCCUCGUUGAUGACGUUGUUAUGGGAGAAUCUUCUUCUAUAAUUGAUCUGUAUCUGCUCCAUAUAUCAGCACCCUGUGGCUGUUUUCUGAGUACAGCGAGAAGGAGGGCCUCGAAACCGCUCUGGAGUCCACGCUCGAGGUGCUUCGGCCGCUGCCAAUCAUUGCGCAGAAGGAGAAGGAGGAGAAGAAAGAGGACGUGACGAAAAAGGAGGUCGAGGAAAAGAAGGAAUCGAAGCAGGUGCAAACGCGCACCGUGGUGCUUGCGGACGGGACCUACGGGACCGAGGCGGUACAGGAACCGAGCUCGGAGCCCGUCGUGGAGGAGAAAAAAACGAUGCUGAAGACCCUGCUUCAGCUGGGCGACUACCUACUCGCGAGCUGUCUGGGCGUCGCCCUCACCCGGAUGGUCGUGCGACUCGGGGGCAAGUGCGGUGCGGAAACGAAAAACGAAGUGUUGUUCGUGGUCGCGAAUUUGAUUCGCCUCCUGAAGGCCACGCACAGCGCCGCGGAGAACAACGACAGCGUGUUGCGCUUGCAUUUGUGCAUCCGGCUCUUGUAUGGAUUGCAAAUAUGUCUGGGUCUGGAAGAUUGCAACUUGUCAUGCUAAAUCUGAAUCAUGCAUAAAUCUGUGUUGCAUGAGCGCCAAAAGCUGCCCACUUUCGGCCAAGUUGGGAGGGAAUUUCUCAUGCAGUAUAGGCAUGGCGAAGACCUCACAGAGUUUGUCAUGCUAGGUCCCGCAUUCCAGACCUCAUGGGUCAUAGAAAUCCUGCAUGACAAAGCUGGCAUCCUUCCAGACCCAGACAUUUUUACAUUUGAUAUCUUGACCACGCCCGAAGGCUCGACGCCUGCACUGGACCGUGUCCGGCAGAACUGGAAAGGCAGCACGGGAUAUCAAAUGCAAAUGUGUCUGGGUCUGGAAACUUGUGAUGCUAAAAUGUGCAUGAUGAAAACACUUCCGAAUUUUGCCCAGCAUGACAACUUUCCAAAAUGCUUUCUCAUAGGCAAUCCGCAUGACAAACUGCGUUUUUGCAUGACAAGAGAGGCUGCGACUUUUGUUGGUUAUGCAAUACAGAUUUCCCAGGAAUGUAGAGCUAGCAUUACAAGGUCCAACCUUCCAGACCCAGACAUUUUUGCAGUGCAUACGGGCAAAGAGGACCUGAUGCGCGUGAUCGAACUGGAAGCGCAGAACUCCGAGUGGAGUAGGGAAAAGCUAGUGGAUGAAGCACAGGAGUCAGCGCAACUGGUAUUUUCUAAUUGACACGACAAGCACAACACGCAGAGCUUUAUUCUCAUCCCGCCUGGCCUAUGCAUGUGCAUGUCUUCUACCACGACUACGAGUUAAGUUUCUUUGGUGCAUAAAAUUGAAUUCAAGCCUACUGGGCGUCGAGGGUAAUGAGACCGCUGCAAGACGGUUCCUAUAAGAAUACAACCCUGGACAUGGAAGAUGGAAUAAAAACCACGACAAAUAACAGAUUCCUCCCGGCGAGGCGAUUUGCUUCCGGCAGCUUCGCAGGGACGGCAGGGACCGGGUAGCGAACACGCUGGACUUAUCCUGUGUAAAAACGUCCCCACCGAACUUCCCAGAGUCAAGAUGGAAACCUUGCAACACAGUUGUCCCAGAAGCCUUGGGGGUGGUCUCACGCAUGACAACUUUUUAUCUGUAUUGUAAGUGGUGCAGGUUCAUCGCAAAAAGGAAGGGCAGCCACGUAACAAAGUCAUCUGCUUAUCCCGUCUACAGCUUUAGAAUGAAAUGCCAAAAAUGUAGGAAGAAGAAAGCCCCUCAUCGUUGGGAUGCGCAUCGGCAUCACAGACGUCUUUCUAGAUAUAACUCUGCAUGACAAAAAGAAAAACUCUAGGGUGUGGGCCCCGUUUUUUCUCACGAUAAGACUUCGAUGACGAGGGAGAUUUCAACAUGGCCCGGGGAGCCCUGGACCAACUCGAAAAGGACGGGUCGCUCUUCGGGGAGCGGUUGGUAUGACAGUGCACAAGUCCUGCCCCUCCCCCUCGUUUGUGAUGCAAAAUCCCAUAUCCAAGUGCUGCCUUGUGGCACCGUUUGCAUGACAGAUUCUGGAAGCCUAAGAAAUCAGUACUACGCGCAUGGUUUUAUGAUGCGCAGGCUUCAUAUGUGCAGGUGUUUCUUUUGCUGCUCAUGCAACCCUUAUGAGGGUCAGGGGGAAGGGGAGUUGUGCACCCUCAUAGUUGGCCAACGUGCAGCAGAUGACAGGCCUCGCGGAUCCGGUGUACGUCGAGGCUUUCCUGCAGGUUCACAGUUUCGACCUGCUCUUGGAGAUUCUACUCGUGAACCGCACCAACGACAUCUUGCAAAACUGCACCGUCGAGCUCUCGACCCAGGGCGACCUGAAAAUCGUCGACCGGCCCAGCCCCGUCAUGCUUAGCCCAGGCCAGCAGCAGAUCGUCCACGCAAGCAUCAAGGUAUUAAAGAGCAGUGUCAAUAAUUUUGGUCGGAGUAUAGUAACGACGCAUCUUCCACUUCUGUGCAGUUGCCAUUGAAUUUUUCUAGUACGCCAUUGAAACGUAUGAAUAACAAACAAAAAGAAAAAGUUUAAUUUAAAGUUCUCGGAUUGUUCCUCAGGUGUCUUCCACGGAGACCGGCGUAAUUUUUGGGUACGUGAGUUUCGAAAAGAAAUCGGCGGUUGACAAAGAAUCCAUUGUUCUCAACGAACUCCACGUCGACAUUCUGGACUACAUCGAAAAGGGCUCCAUCCUACGACGUGCAAGUACGAUCAUCUUCACCAUCAUUUCGACUAAGACAAUUAGUAAUUUUUAUGUGUGCAGCAAGAUUUAUCCACGGCCACAUUCACAUGAAAAUUCAGAUGUAUACAGAGCCCUUCGUGUGGAUGAAGAUUGAAUUUUUGCAUACUCCUAAGCGACAGCAUCAGCACACAUAAAAUGCGCAUCAAAACGAUAUAUGUGCGCAGGCGGUGGUGAAGAUAGAUGCUUUUGCACAGCAUAGGCUUCCGAGCUGAAGUUUCGCACGAUGUGGUCUGAAUUUGAGUGGGAGAAUAAGAUCAACAUCAACACGCAGUUCAAAGAGGCCGGCGCGUACCUGAUCCACAUCAUGAAGAACACCAACAUGAUAUCCUGAGGAAAAUAAACGUCCCCACCUCAUAGUCAGGCUGGGAAAUCAGCUAGUUUUGCUUCUGGCUGGUGUUGCGCAGCAUGACAGGUUCUUUGGGCUCGAAAUCUAAAAAUCGCAGCUUUUAGCUAGUGCAGCUGCAUCACAGAUCUUUCAUCUCAUGCUGAUUGUAGCAUCGCAAAUGUCAUCAAACAGCUGUAGAAAAUGCGUCUCAACAACAUGUUGGGGCUCCGUAUGAGAGACAUCUUAUAUUACACCAUGGCGAUUCCGAUUUCUUGCAUGACGACUCUGGGGAGGUGGGGACGUUUUCCCACAGGAUGCAUGAGCAUUGUCGGCCGGGCCGCCGCGUCGCCCACAACUACGUCUACUGGACCAGCGGCGACAACGACCGCCGGCGCCGUGGCAAACGGCACCACUUCCUUUAUCCUGAGUAUAAACGUCCCCACAUCAGAGCCAAUGUGGGAAAUCUGCUAGACAAAUCAACCAGCUCUGGUUGUUUCGCAUGACAAGCUCUUUGCCCUCGUAGUGUAAUACUACCAAAACACGAAUAGAAAAUGCUAAUGCUUCCGCAUGAGAAACUUUUUCUUUCUGUGCAUGCAGAUUUGAUUGGCAUGACAGUGAGCUGGGAUGGGGACGCUUUUACGCAGAAUAUCCUCCCUGGCGAACGGGACGAAGCCCGCUCCGGUCGCGGAGAAGCGGUCGCUGCAGGCCAUUUUGAACGCGGCCAACGCCGGAGGCGGGUCGAAAACUACGAUAGCGGACACGGAGGACAACCCGGUGUUGCUGAUGGGCAUAUGCAUUGCAAAGUCGUGUCGUACUAGCACACAUUGCAUCACAAAUUUCAUCGGCAAGAACAAAAGUGGAGUUUGUCGUGCUGAUUUAGGUUAUUUCAGAAUAAAAAAUAUUUGUAAUGCAUGACUGCGAGUGCGACGAAGACGAUAUCACUUUUGCAAUUCAUAAGGCAGGAACGAUAGUAAGUUGUCCAAGGAGCAGUCGUUGCAGCUGCAGAAGGAGUCGAACAAGCAGAGCAAGAAGCACCUCAACAUGGGGGAAAUUUUCACGCAGUUCGAGGAGGCUUUGGGCAUCAAAAAACUGCUUUCUAUCAUUUGUACAAACGUGGUCCACCUCCGGCCCAGAGUUUGAGUUGUCAUGCGGAUUUGCAAUGACAGGAAAAUCUGUAUGAAUGCGCACGUCGUCCUCCAUGAGAGGCAUUGAUGGAUUUUUGAUGCGUUUGUCCUUGCUGACCUGUACACACUACACCGUCAGGACUGCAAGAUGAACUUGUGAUGCGUGAGUCCCAAAACUUCUAGGUUUGUGUUGCAAAGUCGAUCACUCUGGGGAGGUGUGGGCCCCGUUAUUUUUUCUCACGAUACCUUCCCAGUCUAACUUUGUGGGUCUCAAUCUCUACUCUCGGAGCAUUUUCGGGGAAGACAUCCUUGCGAACAUCAGCAUCGAGCAGAUCCGCGACGACAAGGGCGUGCCGACCCGACUCUCCGGCUCCGUCAGGAUACGGAGCCGUGCGCAGGGCAUCGCGCUGUCCCUGGGAGAGCGGGUGUCGGCCGUGCAGCGGUGAGAUAGAGAAUUCAUAUUCAUCUCCCCUGGCCGCGUUGCAGCGACAGCAGCACUUCUUGGUCCGUCUUGUCAAUGAAGUUUUGUCCUGAAGCAAAGUGGUUGAACCCUACAGGCAGAACAUAAGUACAAGAUCAAGUGCUCGCGUUAUGAUGAGCCUGGGCGAGGUUUUCUUUCCAAGAAUUACACAAGAAUAAGAAAACAAAAAGCAGGUGUGGUAACUAAAUACAACAAUUUUUAUCGGAUCAAUUUUUAUACGUGAGUAGGACUACUUCUACUUGUUCGCUCCGCUCCGAAGGGAUGAAAGGGUUGAUAUUUUUUUGCGGCAUCAAUUGAAGCGGAAAAAAAAAAACGCUUGCUUUUUUCCGAGAAAAGCUUGCUUUUUUCCGAGAAACUUUGCGUGCCUCAGCCUCAAGGUAGCGACACUACCCCCCCCUCUGAUUUCUUCUACUUCGCGACAUUAUACUCUAAAGUUACCUUGAAAUUGUCGUGCAUGUUUCAUCAACACCAUGCACCUGCCUCCGGCAACUUGUUUGAAGAAAUUACCCUCUUUGAAUUUGUUC